UCUGUCUCUUUCUCAUUCCACUACCAUUCCAAAUUUCUUAUUCUCUGUUCAGAUAACUGGUUCUCGAAAGAGUUCAUUAACCGACCGAGCCUGGAAAUGGUCGACUUUUCACACAAUAUGAAGCGUAGUAGACGUCUACAAAUGUGUCUACUUCUGGUCUGUUGUUUCUCUGUAAUUGGGAUGACAAUGGGUGCUACACCACCGAAGGCAAUGAAUGUGCCAUUCUCAAAGAACUAUAUGCCUACAUGGUCUCCCGAUCACAUCAAGUAUUUCAAUGGUGGGAAAGAGAUUCAGCUUCACCUUGAUAACUGGACGGGUGCCGGAUUUCACUCAAAAGAGUCUUAUUUGUUUGGAUACUUCCACAUGCACAUUAAGCUGGUGGCAGGGGACUCGGCUGGUACUGUAACUGCAUUUUUUCUAUCUUCAAACAAUAAUGAACAUGACGAGGUAGACUUUGAGUUCUUAGGGAACAGGACAGGGCAACCCUACAUUUUGCAGACAAAUGUCUUCACAGGUGGUAGCGGUAACAGGGAGCAGCGGAUCAACCUCUGGUUCGACCCAACCAAGGCCUACCACACCUAUUCUGUCCUCUGGAACGAUUUUCACAUCACAUUCUUCGUGGAUGAUAUCCCAAUCAGAAUUUUCAAGAACAAUAAAAAACUAGGAGUGAAAUAUCCUUUCAACCAACCCAUGAAGUUGUACUCGAGUUUAUGGAACGGUGAAGACUGGGCAACCAGGGGUGGACUCGAAAAGACUGAUUGGUCAAAAGCACCUUUUAUAGCUUCCUACAAGGGAUUCCACAUUGACGGUUGCGCAACAUCAGUGAAUGCCAAAUUCUGUGCAACAAAAGGGAAGAUGUGGUGGGAUCAGCAGAAGUAUCGAGACCUUGAUGCUGCUCAGUAUAGGAGGCUCAUGUGGGUUCGUAGGAAAUUCACAAUCUACAACUACUGUACUGAUAAAGUCAGGUUCCCCAAAAUGCCUAUCGAGUGCAAAGCAGACAAGGAUGCUUAAUUGAACACCCUUCUUUAUUCGCACAAAAUGUAGUCUUGAUUUCCCGUUCCAUUUUUCAUUUCAUUGAUUCUACUUGUAUUUGUGUAUUUAUUAUUUUUCUGCCCACAUUCUUUCUCUCCCUAAUAAUAAUUUGUAUGUAUUGUAUCUCUGUCUACAUUAAUUGAUUGCACAUCACAUUUUGA